GCUUAACGCUUGUUAUUAGCCAACAAGCUUUGCCGGCUAAUCAUUGCAAAACAAUAUUCAGCAAUUAAAACAGUAUAAUAUUUUUUUUUUAACAAAAAAUACUUUAAAAUUGUGCAUGGCUGCACAGUGGGCAUUAUAGCAGUAUGCAACAAAUUGCAACUACUUAACCCAUCGUACUUAAGUCAAAAUCACCAGUUAGUAGGCUGUGCAAACGCAGAAAUUCGUCAAAUUUUCAAGCCCGUCGGCUGCGUUAACAAAUAAUUCAUUUCGUUUUAGUUAGUCGUACGAUUUGUUUCUUAUUUGUGAAAGCUCGUCGAACGGAAGCAAUUUUCGCUUUACCCUUUUGAAAAAUAAAGGAAAAAGUUCGUAAAAAGCGAAAGAGCCCAUCGAAAUCAACACGAAAAAGGAGUUCAAUAAAGAUCAUAUAAUAAAAAUGGUUGCCGAUAAUAUCGAUGCUGGAGUGGCCAUUGCCGCUGCUGAUCAAUCCUCAGUGCCUGUGGUCACCAAGGAUGAGCUACCGGCCGGCAAUUAUAUCCUAGUGGGCGUCGACAUUGACACCACUGGACGUCGUCUUAUCGAUGAGAUUGUCCAGCUGGCCGCGUACACUCCCACCGACCACUUCGAGCAGUACAUCAUGCCCUAUAUGAAUCUGAAUCCAGCUGCGCGCCAGCGCCAUCAAGUUCGUGUUAUUUCGAUUGGCUUUUAUCGUAUGCUGAAGUCGAUGCAGACAUACAAGAUCAUCAAAUCAAAGUCUGAGAUUGCUGCCCUAAAGGACUUUCUCAACUGGCUUGAGCAACUGAAGGCUAAGGCGGGCCCUGGCUCAGAUGGAAUCGUGUUGCUCUAUCACGAGGAGCGCAAGUUUAUUCCCUACAUGAUCCUGGAGUCACUGAAGAAAUAUGGCCUUUUGGAUCGCUUUACUAAGUCGGUCAAGUCCUUUGCCAACAGCCUCAGUCUGGCCAAGGCCUCCAUGGGCGACACCAACAUCAAGCACUAUAGUCUGCGCAAGCUCUCCAAGAUCUUAUCCAAGUCCAAGGAGGACGAAACCAAUGCUUCUGCAUCCACAUCCGGAUCCGCAUCGACAUCUCCGAGCGACAGCACCAUGAUCGAUACCAAUGACAUCGGAGAUAAACGAUCGGCUAAGAAUGGUAUUCCGGUCGAAAAGGACCUGUUUGAUGGCAACGCCAGUGUUCGGGCCAAAUUGGCUUUCAAUGUGGCCCUUCAGCUGAGCAACUCUGACCGUAAUCCAGAACCAGAAUCUUCGGAGGCAUUGGUAAACAUGUUCAACGCUCUUAAGCCAUUUGCCAAGUUGGUGGGAUCUGAUAUCCAGGAGCUGGACACCCAGAACGAGAACCUCGAGCGUCAGAACUCCUUCCGCCCGUUGUUCCUCAACUACUUCAAGACUACUUUGUAUCACCGAGUACGUGCUGUUAAGUUCCGCAUUGUGCUGGCUGAGAAUGGCUUUGAUUUGAACACCCUCAAUGCCAUCUGGGCAGACAAACGUAUCGAGGGAUUGGAUAUGGCUUUACAGUCUAUUGAUACGAUUAAGAGCGAGGAUAAGACAGAGCUUUUGGAGCUCCUGGACAGCUACUUCGAUCCCAACAAGACCACGAUCAAACCGGUGGUAAAGUCGACCAACAAUCGCCGCCGUAAUCGUCGCAACAAUGGGCAGCUGACUAAGAAUGGAGGACCAGCCAGUUCCCGGUCCGCCAGCACAGAGUUCGGAGCUGGAGGUGAUAAGUCUCAGAGUGUGUCUUCGGUGCCGGACUCUACAACAAAGACGCCUUCACCAAACAAGACGUCGUCGCGCUCGCAGCGCAAGCGCAACUCCCGUCACAGUUUGGGUGGAACCCCCAAUGGACUGAAGGUAGCAGAUUCAUCAUCCUCUGGCAAGGCCGAGCUAAACAAUUCGGCGCCUCCUACAAUUUCGGUAUCACCGGUCGUGGCCCAACCCACGCCAACCCCAGUGGCCAUCACGGCCUCCAAUUAAACUCUUCUGGUGUCUCCGUAAAGUAUAUUUUUGUCCCAUUUCAGUAAAUUAAAAACUGGAUGAUGAGCAUAACACAAGAAGACAAGACAAGAAUUGGGUACGGAGAUCGGAAUAUUAUGCGAACCUUUUCCUUUUUGAAGAACUAGCACAGAUUUGAAACAAGCUCAAAAUUCCAGUGGAAACCAAAUUUCCCGUGCACACUACUACAUAACACGCUCGCGAGCGCGUUGGUGAAUGGUUUCUGUGAGUGAACCGUGACUCGUGACGUAAACCGUGACUGUUGAAUAGUGAUGACACAUCGUUAAUCAACUAUUUAAAAACGAGUGAAUGUUAAUCGAGACGUUUAAAACUUUAAACUCACCAUAUGCAGAAAAUGAGGAUGCUGCGCCCACUGUAAUAACACUAGGACUAUAGGUCGACACUUUGGAGCCACAUAUGCAAGUAUAUUCAAAGAACUGAUCGUACGAUUAUAAAAUAACGGAGAAAAACCCAAACCCGCGAACUAUGAUCUUAUAGUAUAAAACAGACGGCUUUCGGAUUUAGGCAUAGUUUUCCAGGCGAACAAAUGCACAAUGUCGUACCAAGAUGGGCGAUUGGAAAAAUAUGAGCCAACGAGACGCCUCGAUGAAAAUUUUCCAUUGGACAGGUCUCUAGAAGCACACAUCAGAACCUAUUAACCUAGACAGAAUCAGGCCUAGUCCAAUGUCGAGAACUUUCACUUCGAAGCUAAUGUACACGAUGACAACAGAAUAUUGUAUAUCAAAUACCAAGCACGCACGCACACAACGUAAGAAGUAAACACAACUAAAGGUAUCAAUCAUUUAUUUCGCACAUUAUAUAAUGAGAGGAAAGAAGAAACUUAAAUUUGCAUUACCCAGUACACUUCAAGCUGUAUUUCAUAAAUGUUUCAUAUUUGCAUACACUUAAAUCCUAAGCAAACGUGAUCUUUAUAAAAGCGUAAAUAAACUACAUUAAUGUAAAGAAA